ACAUAUACAGUUAAUGAACAAAACAAAUUCUAUGGUCAUUCAUUGUGAUUUGUUAUUAUUAUCGUCAUGCUAGUAUCUGAUGUUGACCAAAGUGCCGUCAGCUUGAUAACCUUACAAACCAAAGAUAUCACGAGUUUACAGUUAAGUACGCCACAAACUGUCACUACAUUUACCACAUCAACAAGAGAAUCUGCUAUGUCUACUUCGAAUGAUAUCCUAGGAAAGCAAGAGAAUCAAAAUGUUACUACACUUUCUACUGAAGAAGCAAUAGUUAGUUUACUUGAACGUACAAAAUAUACUUACGUACAAGAGAAUGGGCAGAGACGUUAUGGACCACCACCAAAUUGGCAAUGUGAGGCACCUCCAAGAGGUUGUGAGGUAUUUAUUGGAAAAAUUCCUAGGGACUGUUUUGAAGAUGAACUUAUUCCUGUCUUUGAACAAAUUGGACCAAUUUAUAUGUUUCGAUUAAUGAUGGAACUUAAUGGUAUAAAUCGAGGUUUCGGUUUUUGUGUAUACACUAACAGAGAAGAUACUAAACGAGCAGUUCAAGAACUUAACAAUUAUGAAAUUCGAAAAGGAAAGACAAUCGGAGUAUGCUUAAGUGUAGAUAAUUGUCGUUUAUUUGUUGGAGGAAUACCUAAGAAUAAAACAAGAGAAGAAAUAUUAUCUGAAAUGAAACGAGUAACAGAUGGAGUCAAAGAUGUAAUAUCGUAUCCAAGCGUAACUGAUAAAACAAAAAAUCGUGGAUUCGCAUUCAUCGAGUACGGUAGUCAUAAAGCAGCUGCAAUGGCUAGACGUAAACUACUUCCUGGACACAUUCAUUUAUGGGGUCACCAAAUAGCUGUUGACUGGGCCGAACCAGAAAGAGAGGUUAAUGAGGAUAUUAUGUCAAAAGUAAAAAUUUUAUACGUUCGCAAUCUAAUGCUGUCAACUACAGAAGAGAGUUUGCGUGAUUCGUUUAUAAAAGCUGCCGGUGGUGAUCCUAACAGUGUUGAAAGAGUAAAGAAAAUAAGUGAUUAUGCGUUUAUUCACUUCAGAGAGCGUGAACAAGCUUUACAAUGUCUGCAUACUUUAAACGAUACCUAUAUCGAUGGUUCAAAAAUAGAAGUUACAUGGGCAAAACCAGUUGACAAAAAUGAGUUAAACACUCGACAACAACCCUCUCGUACACCUGGAAGAUUAAUAAAUGAAUUAGUUUUAUCAAAUGAUCAAAACAUGAUUGCCGCAGCUACAGCUGUUGUAGCAGCUGGAGGGAUGUUGCCUCAAUUGGAAUCAACAUCACCAUUUUUUUUACCAUCUCAAGGCACGCCUAUGGGAACUGAUCUUUUACCAACUAAUUCAAAUGUUUUAAACUCCGGGCGAACAGAUAAUAAUCUUGGAAGUCCUAGUGGUAUGAAGCUGAACUCCUCAAGAACGGGCCGAAGGAACGCGGCUGGUAGUCGAAGUGCUGGAGCCCAAAAGGAUCGUAAACAUCCUGUAGAAAAAUUACAACAACGUCAGUUGAAUCCAUUGGCUCUUUUAGAGAAUUUAAAUGAUCUAUGUUUACGUGAUGGUCUUGGUUCUCCUAUAUGUAGUGCAAUACCAGUUGAUUUUAUUGAUUCAACUACAGGAAAUAAGGUUCAAUUGUAUGUUGGACAGGUUUAUAUCCCAAAAUUGCAAUUUCGAUGCAACACAAGUCGGUAUUAUUUAACAUCUACUGAAGCUAAACUGGGUGCUUCUGAAAUAGCUAUUCAAAGUCUUCCAUUUCAUCCUUUUAGCUUGAAUGAAGCAUUUGCAGCUAGUUAUGCUCUGCCAAUUAAUCCAAGUGUAAUGCAUACAAAUGCAGCAUUUAUGCCAUUACCAUUAUCAAAUAAUUUACCAAAUACAUCAACUCCACUGAAUUUAUUACAAUCUCAAACAAAUGUUCUACAAUUAUCUGGUACAACAAAUUUUCCUAUAAAUACUACUGGUUUAGCAAAUGUAACUGGUAAUUUAACCAAUAAUAAUAAUGUUAAUCUACAAAAUGAAUGUACUGCUGGAACCAUAAUCAAUAAUGCGUUUGAUUAUUCAACACAGUUAUUUUCAAAUGGAACAUUAGGAAAUGGUGGACUUAUUAAUGCAACAUUUAAUAAUCAACCUACUUAUUAUUUUGAUCCAAAUUCUAUUUCAGCCGCUGCUGCAACAGCUAUGUUAGUUGGACCAAAUGGAUUAGGUACCGUCAAUAACAAUGCUAUACCACAAAUUAUUGGAUUGCAACAAUCAUUAACUAAUUGCAGUAAUGAGUUAGGACAAAACUGUUCAUCUUCUUCUACUAUUGGACAAUCGUUAAACUCUUUGUCACCAUUAGCAGGUUUAUAUAAUUUUGGUUUACAAAUACCAUUAAUUUCAACAUCAGCUUUAUCACAAUCACAACCGACAACGAAUUCAACUUCACAAUCGGCAACAGUAAUGAACUUAUUGAAUCAAUCAUAUACAAAUCCUGUUUCUGUACUUAAUAGUACUCUAUCAGUUACACAAUCGAUGAAUGAACAAAAUUCACAAAUAACUCUUUCUGGUACAAGUUGA